UGAACUUUGCCAAUGCCCAGUCAAUUUGCGAAGGCGGAGCAGACCUAACAAAUCUUAGAAAAGUCAGACCAAUGGAGAUGCCCAAUCGUAGAACGAAGCUGCUGCGUCGUCGCUGCGCAUCCAGCUGGGUUCAGGCCCUAUAUAUGCACCAAGAACCUUCGUAAGCAUACCAGAACAAUAUUCACGUGUCUUCACCAAGAUAUCAAGAUGGCGAGCAGGCUGUUCCCGGGAGUGUUGUUGCUCUCUCUGGCCUCACUGGCCGCCGGAGCGUGCGCCGGCGGCGGCGGCAUCGCGAUCUACUGGGGCCAGAACGGCAACGAGGGCACGCUGGCGCAGGCGUGCGCGACGGGCAACUACAAGUUCGUGAACGUGGCCUUCCUCUUCACCUUCGGCAAGGGCCAGACGCCGCUGCUGAACCUGGCGGGCCACUGCGACCCGGCGUCCACCGGCUCCUGCGCCUUCGUGGGCGCCGACGUCAAGGCCUGCCAGCGCAUGGGCAUCAAGGUCAUGCUCUCCAUCGGCGGCGGCGUCGGCAGCUACGGCCUCUCGUCCCGCGACGACGCCCGCCAGGUCGCCGCCUACCUCUGGAACACCUACCUCGGCGGCAAGGCGUCGGCGAGGCCGCUCGGGGACGCCGUGCUGGACGGCGUCGACUUCGACAUCGAGAGCGGCGGGAGCGCGCACUGGGACGACCUGGCCAGGUUCCUCAAGGCGUACUCCAGGGCCGUGGUGCUGACGGCGGCGCCGCAGUGCCCGUUCCCGGACGCGUCGCUGGGCACGGCGCUGGGCACGGGGCUGUUCGACUACGUGUGGGUGCAGUUCUACAACAACCCGCCGUGCCAGUACACCAAGGCCGGCGGCGUGGGCAACCUGGCGCGCGCGUGGGAGAAGUGGGCGGCCAUCCCGGCGAGGCAGGUGUUCCUCGGGCUCCCGGCCGCGCCCGACGCCGCCGGGAGCGGCUUCGUGGAGGCCGGCGACCUUGUGUCGCAGGUGCUGCCGGUGGUGAAGAAGUCCAAGAAGUAUGGCGGGAUCAUGCUGUGGUCGAGGUUCUACGAUGAGCAGACGGGGUUCAGCGAUAAGGUCAAGUCCAGCGUGUGAUUCCCUCCCUUUGUGAGCCGACGUGUUUGUUGCGAUGGUGAUAGUGCUGCAUGCGCCGUGUAAGAUGGUGUCCUGUGCAGGAAGACAAGGUGAACACGAAUAAGAUGGCAGGAUUAUUUGAUAUUGGCAAAAAUAAUACUCAGUAUUGUACGAGUUGAGAACA